UCACCUCGUGACCCCUUUGCCCCUCCGCGAGGAGUUUGGCCCAAGAUGAGCUCAAAGCAGCAAAAGCUGAUGGUUCAGCCCAUCACAGUCCUCUUCCGCUACCUCCAACAGCAGACUCGCGUCUCCCUCUGGCUCUACGACAACCUCGAGACACGCAUCGAAGGGCGCAUCGUCGGUUUCGACGAGUUCAUGAACGUCGUCAUUAGCGAAGCAGAGGAGGUCUAUACAGAAAAGUGCAGAAGGAAUGAAGGGGCAGGCAAGAUUCCGGGCGCUAGGAAGGAUUUGGGCAGGAUAUUGUUGAAGGGAGAUAAUAUUACACUCAUCCAGCCCGUCGUAUGAUGAUAGCAACUGCAGCAGUGGCAGCAACGGCAAGCUUUGCUCGGUACCCUCUCUUCUCUUCACCGCCAUCUCGACUCUCGUGCCCGUUCAAUCAGCAGCAUCUUCUACCCAGCCCUUUUCACUCAUGCCUGCGAACAAGAUGCUUGCCUUGCGCUCACGUGUCCAAUAUCUUCAGCCUCAUGCGGCUCGCAAAAGGGAACAGCUGUAUUUGCUAGCAUGAAG